AAAAAAGAAAUGGAAGAUUACAAUCCACAAGUCUACAACUUUUCACUUCCAUCAAACAUGACUGAAUCAAUUAUGAAUUGGCAGUUGGAUACAUACGAAGUAAAAAGUCCAACAUAUCCAAUUUUAUUGGAUCAUACACUCGCUGUCAUAUGGCAUUUAUUUGCUGACAACGGAAAUGAAUUGUCGACUUUGAAUAAUUCAGACAUUUUAUGGGCAUUGAGAUUUUUGGAAUCGAUUGACACAAAAGACGCUGGCGAUACGACAGAUCUUGAUGGAGCAAUAAAAUUCAUGAGAAAAUUGUUAAUAUCACGUUAUGCUGUUGAGGAUGAAGAGGAUGUGACGACAAAGAAUCAAACGUUUCUUGAUACUAUAAAAACAGCAGAUGACACGAUGUCGCUGUCUUAUGACGAGUAUCUCAACUGCCCUGAAGUACUUGCUGACGAAGGAAAGGUCUUAUCAUUGGAGAAAAUGGCUGUGGAUGUAAAAUGUACGAAAGCUGAAAUUGUCGAGCGAUUGAAGGCUAUGCAAAAUGAGUUGUCGACUGAUGGUGCGAUGUCACUUGAGGAUGCUAUCAAAUUAUUGGAAAAGUAUUGAAAUUGAGGAAUAAAAAAAUUAAUUAAUUUGUGAUUGUGAA